AGGAGGAGGAGAAGGAGGGGGGAGCUUUCUGGAGUUCGCGAUCCAGGGGACACCGGCGUCACACACGCCAAGCCUGAGGCGAGAGGAGAGGAGACUCUGCUGGUGGUGAGGAAGCGCGGCAACGGCUGGAAACGGCCGCCCGUUCGCCGGGGCGGGCCCGAGGCAGAGCGCCCCCAGCAGGUGCACCUCAGACCGAGCGAUUCGGGCCGAGAUGUGGAUUUGGGUCUCGGAUGGCUGGAGGGAGCCGGCAGUGAGGAUCGCCGUGUCGGGGAGGAUCGCGCUGUGAGGUUACCGAUAAGGAGCGUGGGAGAGAGUGGCAGGGCAGGUGUGGGCGUGACCCUGUCCCAGCUACCCCGGGAGCCCGGCCGCACCGCGGGACUCGCCGACGCUCUGGGACAGCGAUGCCACCGGAGCCCUCCCUCGGCAGGGCGGAUGCUGCGCGGCCGAAGCUCACACCCCCGCCUUCUCAGCCAAAAGGGAGUUGGCGGCAGUGAAUUUUUUUUUAUUGUCCUUUUUCCCUAAACCGUCAUUUUGUCCCAGUUCCCUGGGGUCUUCUGUGGUAAGCUGCUUCGAGGUUGCACCAAAUCCCCUUUGUCGCGUGUCAUUAUCGCUUUUUCUCCUCGGGGCUUUGAGUUUUUUCCGCUCCGGCGUUGGGCCGUCCUCCUGCUGUCGUGGGCUUGGGUGCCGGCCGGCGGAGCGCGGCACCCGCUGCCCGGAGAACCCGCCGCUCCGAAUCCUCCGCGACCCGGCGCCGCCGAAGAGGACCGCUGCAGUGAGAAAGGAGGAAAAGGACGAGGGGGCGAAAAUAAAGGCAGAGGGGACCCAUGCGUGGCUUGUGUCCUUCAAGCGGGGGUAGCAGGUAGCACAGUGGUUAGUGCUGCUGGCUUGGGGCUCUAAGGACCCAGGUUUGAACCCCAGCUCCUGCUGUAGCGUCCUUGAGCAAGGUACCGCCCCUAAAAAAAACAAAAAAAACUGCUGUAUAAAUGGGUAAAUAGCUGUAAGAGACAAUGCUGUAAGGCACUUGGCACAAAAGGGUCUGCUGAACGAAUAAACGCGGAUGUGAGGGCAGGGGAGAGCAGCCAGGGGUCUGUUUCAGCAAGUCCGAAAGAGAGGGGGGCACGUGGUGGACAUCGGGAUGACCGCGCACACCUGCUCGGUCUGUUCAUCCGAAGGUCUUCGGCCUUUUCCAUCCGUCCGCUUCGGCCUCGCGCAGCGUCCUCUGGAUAUGGGCGCUUCGGGAUAAAGGACGUGUCCAGAGAGAAGGACUCCCGCCGAGGACAAGGGACACACCUCCACGAUGGAUCUAAUGACUUUUCGCCGAGGUCCUCAGAGGCCACCCGUGUGCUGACGGGCCGGUGCGACCCCCCGCUGGAGGAAGACGACCCGGAGGAGGACCUGAUGGAAGGAGCGGCGCAGUACUAGGCGGUACAGGAAGCGGACGUCCUCAGGCAGGCGAGCGGUCAGCCGGCUUCCUCUCCGAGCGGCCCCCGUAGAGCCGAGGGAAGCGUGGAAGGGCUGGCAGGGAGCCGUAGAUGGGAGCGGGGGGGCGGGGCGCCGUUCGUCACGCAGCCGCGUGACCCGGCGUGGGGGUGGGGAACCUUGGCGAGGGGUCACAGGUCGGCGGACCGGCCGUGGUGGGCGGGCGGCGGGGGAGGGGUGGAGCGGGCCGCCCGGGGAGGGGGGCAAGGUGGCGUCGGGAGCGGCGGGAGCGGCGGGAUGGCCAUGCGCUGCUCCCUGCGCACCUGGGUGUUGCUGGGCUCCUUGGCGCUCCUCUUCCUCACCUCGCUGCUCUUCUCGCUGUCGCUGCGGGGGGGCGGCAGCCUGCCCUACCUGGACCCGCCCAGUUGGGAGGAGUUGCGCCGGGUCAAGCUGGUGCCCAGCUACACCGGCUCGCACCGGCUGGCCCCGCCAGGGGGCGCUCUGCUCAAAACGUGCGCCUGCCACCGCUGCGUGGGCGACCCGGGCGUGUCGGACUGGUUUGACGAGAACUACGACCCGGACAUCUCUCCCGUGUGGACCCGCAACAACAUCCAGCUGCCCUCCGAUGUCUACUACUGGUGGGUGAUGCUGCAGCCGCAGUUCAAGCCUCACAGCAUCCAGCAGGUGCUGUCGCAGCUCUUCCAGGUGAUCCCCGGACACUCGCCCUACGGAACCUGGGACCAGGGCCGCUGCCUGCGCUGCGCCGUGGUGGGGAACUCGGGCAAUCUGCAGGGGUCUGGCUACGGGCGCGCCAUCGACGGCCACGGCUUCAUCAUGAGGAUGAACCUAGCCCCCACCGUGGGGUACGAGGAGGACGUGGGCAGCCGCACCACCCACCACUUCAUGUACCCGGAGAGUGCCAAGAACCUGGCGGCCAACGUCAGCUUCGUCCUGGUGCCCUUCAAGACCCUGGACCUGCUGUGGAUCACGAGCGCGCUGUCCACCGGCCAGAUUCGCUUCACAUACGCUCCCGUCAAACAGUUCCUGCGAGUGGACAAAGACAAGGUCCAGAUCUACAACCCGGCCUUCUUCAAGUACAUCCACGACCGCUGGACCCGACACCACGGCCGCUACCCGUCCACAGGGAUGCUGGUGCUCUUCUUCGCCCUGCACGUGUGCGAUGAGGUGAACGUAUUCGGCUUCGGAGCCGACAGCCGCGGGAACUGGCACCACUACUGGGAGCAGAACCGCUACGCCGGUGAGUUCCGCAAGACGGGCGUCCACGACGCGGACUUCGAAGCCCACAUUAUCAACUUGCUGGUCAAGGCCAAAAAGAUCACCGUGUUCCCCUGAAAGUGAGGGCGCUGAGGUCGGAUAGUGAGAAGAGGAGGGGACGCCGGGAAGAAAGCAUCACCCAUCAGCCACCGCGCUUCGUUGUACUCGUGCCCACGGGGGGACGUGGGAUCAAACCCCCGUAGCCCUGCCGCCGCACGGCGUAUCGCAACCGCCUGCGGUCACGGUCUGCGCUCCGCCGCAUUUACCUGGGUGCCAGUCAGGAUUUCCCAUCACGAUCUUGUCCCCUGCCGUGGCGGUGUACUCAAACCUGGGAUCUUGAAGGCAGGACACGUGCUCUCGUACUGCUAAUUCCCUCGACGGGCAGCACUCGCACUUGCGGCUGCGUUCCGUGCGAACGCGCAUCACGGGGAAGGACUGUACCCUCCACACGGGACGUGCUGUGGUGUAGGCUCCCGGGGGCGAUCGGUUGCACUUGUUGGGGGGCUAAGAGUACAGGCUAGGUGACAGCCUAUGAAACCCUCAAACUGUGCUCCUGUCGGGGGGGAUUGGGGGCACUGGAACCACAGAUGUGUUUUAACGGUCUCUGAGCUCGGUCCGAAGCCCUUCCUGACUUGACCGACGUCCGCAAACCAGCGGCGGGAUGGAAUCCACGCACCCACGUCCAGUGCUGCGGCCAGGCCUCCUGCUCAAGUUCCGCUGGGGGGUUGGGGGGGGGGGGUGAGCUUGACGUGCGGCUUUGAC